AUGUUCGCAUGGUGUGCCGCGCUGAGGGCGCAGCAACAUGAUGUUGAUGGCUUGCAAGUCCGUGAGCAAGGACAAGUUGGUGAGGGUGGCUUUUCCACCAUAUGGCGUGUGCAUUUGGUGGCCGACCGGGGUCCUGAUGAUGAGCGGCUCCCUACCACAAUGGCAUUGAAAAAGACCAUUUGCCAGGAUGAGGAGCGUUUGGACCUGGCGCGGAAUGAGGUGGAGCUCCUGAAGCGUGCGAGCUCGGAGGGGAGACAUGCAGGGAGAGAGUUCUUGGUGCAGUACUUCUCUCACAAGGAACUAGCGUGCCAAAAAGGCGGCAACGCCAUGACGGAGGUGCAGCUACUGAUGGAGUGGUGCGGUGGCGGCUCCUUGCUCUCGCGGAUUUUGGGUCCGGAGACUGUGGCCAUCGCGCGUUGUCCGAAUAUGCCGGAGGCGGAGGGCCUGGAUUGCAACUGGCAUUCCUACGAGGAGGUGGGCAUGUCCUCGCGAGCGCUUGCAGAGGGCCUGCGAGAGGUGGUGGAUGGCAUGGGGCCUUCGGUGAUUUUGGGACUCCUCAGCGCUGUGAGUGAGGAGUGGUUUCUGACGGACUUCGCCUGCACCUUGGCUGGUUUGCCACUGGUCACCAUGCACCGCAGCACGGAUGAAAAGACCUUGGCCCAAAUCCUGGAGCAGACCAAGAUGUCCGUCUUGAUCCUUUCCCAGCACCUCCGGCCAGUGCUUCUCGGAGCUCAACGGUUGAUCCCUUCGCCCCUGCGGCGGGUGAUUUGGAUCGAGGAUGCUCCCGACCCCUACGGCCGCUGGCGCGCAGCCUCGGUCGCCCUGGCGCCCGCUCCGGACGCGCCCGGCGGUGGAGCCUGGCGCUCGGAGCGGUGGAGCGCGGUGCUGGCGCGGGGCGCGGCGGCGCCGCUGGGGGCGGCGGUGCGGCGGGAGGAGGGCUUCGUCCUCAAGCUGCUGCCGUCCAGUGGGAGCACCGGGAAGCCGAAGCUGGUGCCAGUGACGGAGAAGAUGCUGUUCCAAGGUGGCACUGCCGCGGUGCAGUGCUCGGUGGAGGUGGUGGUGUACGCCUACGAGGCCUUCCGCCAAAGCCACCAGGUCCUCCUGCAGGGCGGCCGCAUCGGUGCCUUCUCCGGUCGCUUGGGCGACGGCCUCCUGCGCGACGCGCACACGCUGCGGCCCACGGCCUUUGCUGCGCCGCCGGCGGUGUGA